AUCACCAUGGCUUCAUACCAAGACGCCGCCACCCCAGUCCACUACACCGACCCCUCCCUCAAGCCGAAAUACGAAACCAACGGCUUCGUCAUCGUCCGCGGCCUCAUCGAGGACGCCGACCUCGCCGAGCUCCUCAAAGCCUCCGCCGACGCGAUCGCCCAGACACGCAAAGGCGACUGGCACCGCUGCCGCACCGUCGGCUCGCAGUUCCCGCCGUACAAGCCCGGCACGGACUUCUGGGGCGUGCAGCAUGUUAUGCACCCCGAUCUCGGGCAGACGGCGUUCGCGAAGUGGUACACCUCGGACAGGCUUGUGGAGGUGGCGCGCACGUUGCUGGGGUGUACGGAGGAUAGGCUUCAGAUGGAGCUGUUUAACCUCCUCAUCGAUCCGCAGAGCCAUGACUUUGCGCUUCGAUGGCAUCGGGACGAUGUCAAGGCAGACGCGACGAGAGAGCAAGAGGAAGCAGCCUUGGCGUUGUGGACUCAUGGGGUUCAAUGGAACACAGCCCUCCACGAAGACUCAUGCCUCUACGUCGUCCCCGGCUCUCACAAGACGCCGCGCACGGACGGACAGCGCGCGUGCUCCAUAAAACCAGAAGCACCAGAGAACCCUCUGGACAUGCCCGAAUCCAUCCAGGUCACCCUCAAGGAGGGCGAAACAGUCUUCUACAACUCCAACAUCCUGCACUGCGGCGCAUACACAGCCCAAAAGCCCCGCGCGACACUGCACGCGUGCGUGGGCGACACCGUCGGCGGCUCGACGCGCGCGCGCAACGUGCUGCAGCACGGGAUGGAGUGGAUGGAGGGCGACGCGUUCCGCGGUGUGCUCAGGGACGUCGAUGAGCAGCGCGCAGCGCAGACGCAGACGCAGACGCAAGGAAAGGGGAGGGGCGAGGUGAUGCUGAACAAUCUGCUGCAGAUGCGCCAGGGCGUCACGGGCGAUGUUGGGUAUUCGCAGGGUUGAGGUGCGCGGUUGGGCGAUAGCUGGUGUGGUUGGAUCAUCAUGAAGCUUGUAUUUUGAGACGUAUUUGUAUGGACAUGUUGUGAUCAGAAGCGUUUGGCUGAGCAUUAGGCGUUUUUGUAGUUUCGUGUGAGCAUAAGAGAUGGAAAAAAAGAUGGGGCAAGGUGAAAAAUAUUGCAAGCGAAGCAGGGCCCAGUGGCAUUUGAGAAACACCAUAGACAAGCCAUGGCAGGGCAUAACAAAGGAAUAGCCAUGUUGAUGAGAUUCAAGCGAUUUCACUGCCAACCACACUCGGCGCUGUCACGACGAGAUCAGGAAGUAGCGUGCUGGAUUGUUGUCCGACCACGGAGGCUGCAGCUGGAACUUCCACUGUCACGGACUUCACCUGCACCUCUUCUAACAGUGCACUUCCGUUGGUGGCUGCAGUGUCCCCCAUCUCUACCUGUUGCGUGUUUCCAUUGGCAAGCGCAGGCACAGCUGCUACCACGUCCGUCUGCUGUCCACUCCCAUUCACAACAGCUGUCGACGUAGCACCAGAGCUGGCAUCGGCCACAAUCACAAUGACUUCGGCGGCAGGCUGAAUAGCAAGGUCCGCAGCCUCACUGUUGCGCUGCGACCUCGGGGCGGAGGACGAUGGCUUCUUGUUGAUCAUAACACCAUCGAAGACUUUCUUCUCCUUCUCCUCCUCUUUUUCCUCCGCGUCUUCUGGUUCCUCCUGCUCUCCCUCGGCAUCUGCCUCCUCCCCCUCCCCCUCUUCUUCAUCUGCUUCUUCAUCUUCUUCCUCUUUCUUCUGCUUCCGAGACACAGCAGCCUUCCUGGAACCACUCGGCCUUCCCACCCUCCGCGUACCAGCCGUCGCCACCUUCCUAGCCCUCACCGUGCGCUUAGCAGGCGCAGCAGCAGCCUUGGUCGCCGCCUUCCCCUCCCCCGCCCGAUUCUUCGGCGGCCUCCCCCUCUUCCUCGGCGCCCCCUCACCCCCCGCCGCCGCCGCACUCGGUGCCGCGGAGGUAAGCGCAGCCUUCCCGCGGGUGGACAGCGCCUUCCACUUGCCAGGCACGUCCGCCGCGCCCGUCUUCAUCCCGCGCGUCUGGAUGCCCUUGAGCUCGCCCGUGCUGCGCGUCGAGAUGCGGCGCCGUUUGGGUGUUGCUGCGCCUGUUCGGGCGCUCGCGGGGGGCUUAUCGUCGUCGUCGCCGUCGUCGGGGGAGGUAGCGGCGGCGGUGCGUUUGCGAGAGGUGCGGGUUGGGGUUGUUGUUGUCGUUGUGGGUGCGGAGCGGGGGGGUGGGAUGUCGAAUUUCAUGCCGCGUUCAUUGACAUUCUGGAGGAACUCGGUCAUCUCCUCCUUGGUGCGCGAGAGACGGUGGCCGCCCGUGAUGUCGCGGCAUAUCGAGCGCAGCGUCUCGGCCUUGAGGUGGUCCCACGGAAACUGGGACAUGUUCGCU